AGGGUUACCCCUAAAUCAAUCACGGAAAGCAGAAAUAGGAAUAAAGUAACAGAAAGCGCAAUGUGUGUCCGUAAUGAUGUAAAGAGCGGGCGUGGUUCGAAUUGUUGGAGCGUGGUUCGAAUUGAAUGGCGGAACAGGGAGAGGUGUGCGUGUCGCGAUCGUUGCAGAUAUGGAGAGGUUUGAUCAACUGGCUCUCUUUCCUUCUCCGAUUGUUCUGGCAGAUCCUGAGAGGCGCACCUUCCAUGGCGCGGGUUCUGUUGUCUUAUAUUGGUUUUAGGCAUCCUCUCCUUGCUUCCUCUUCUCCCUCUUUCAAGGUCCUUCCAGACGUCGAACUCUCCUCUUUACACGAUUCCUUGUCCCCUGCGCAUACGCACGUUGUUGCUUUUGGUGAUCAUCGCUUAGAUAAGCUCACGGUUGUUCUUGACUUGGACGAGACACUUGUAUGUGCCUAUGAAACAUCUAGCUUGCCUCCUCUAACUCGCACUCAGGCAACAGAUGCCGGAUUAAAGUGUUUUGAGUUAGAAUGUCUAUCUUCAGACAAGGAAUGUGAAGGAAAACCGAAGAUCAAUCAUGUGACAGUGUUUGAAAGACCUGGUUUACGGGAGUUCUUGAAACAGAUUGGUGAAUUUGCAGAUCUUGUUCUGUUCACCGCCGGCCUUGAAGGUUAUGCUAAACCACUUGUUGACAGGAUAGACAUGGAUAGUCAAUUCAAACUUCGUCUUUAUCGUCCUUCAACUGUUAGCACGGAACUCCGUGAACACAUCAAGGAUCUGUCUAGCUUGUCAAAAGAUCUCUGCAGAAUUGUGAUUGUUGGUAACAACCCCUAUAGUUUCUUGCUACAACCACUAAAUGGAAUACCGUGCAUUCCAUUCUCUGCUGGACAGCCAUGCGAUAAUCAGCUGUUAGAGGUCAUCCUUCCACUCCUUAAACACCUCUCCCUCCAGAAGGAUGUUAGGCCUGAACUUUAUGAGAGAUUCCACAUGCCUGAGUGGUUUCAAAUGCAUGGAAAUCCCUUGUGAGAGUACUAUUGUCAGAUACGGGAUGGUUGCCAUUCUGAAAGGCUCCCGAGUAUAUGUGUAGUUUAGAAACAUAUCACCACCAGAUGCUGUGAAUUCUUGUAGAGGCGUAGGUGUUGAUCACGGUAUUAAGUUUAUAUGGGGUCACCACAUUCAGGGGUCCCAUCAUAUCUAGUAAAUUAGAUGAUUUGCCCCAGGUUUGUGGAGAGUAGGCUUUAGAGAAUGACAUAGGAUUAAUUAAACCCAUCCCAGCUUCGAGUUUUCAUGUUCUCCUAUGACGUGUUUUAAUGUACUUGCUGCACUAAAACAUUAGAGCUAUUAUGAAAUUUACAUUUUAGCUAGAUUUUAUUA